GCAGUCCUUCCUCUCGCUGAUUGAUUCGACUCGCGAACACAUCUAUCACCUGGCUUUCGUUUCCCUCGCGCGACCAGGAACAGACUUCUGCCGUCUACCAGACAGUCUGGCUCCUCGACCGGUUUGCGCACUCGUCACGCGGCGACUUCGACACCUCUUGAGUCCCAUGCAGGGCUGAGAAAUGGCGCGGUAAAAAGCUCACGCUCAAGCGACCUCACGACCCGCAAUGGCACCUCACGCGACCGAACCCCGGUCAUCAUUCUCCAAAUUUCCCGACUUCGUAUCCGAUCCUCAUGACUUCCCCGAGGAGGCCAUAGAAGAAAACGUAUCGCGCGGACCGAGUCCUAGACCCCUUCCGAAUGGUCUGCCGCCAGGUCUACAUUCUAGCGAAAGAUGGCCCGCACGAAAGGCCUCCAACGCCAAAAGCUGGGCUUCGUGGGAUUCGAAUGGGAGAUCACAGAUCGGUCGACACGAUCGACAAAAGAGCUUGUCAGAGGCGAUUAGGACAGUACGGACACGCAAGAUGAGCAUAAGUCAGAAUGCGCACGAAAUUGCAGAUUCGUUGAAAGCACCGGUGUCGUUUAAGCUAGUCACCUUAUGUGCCUUCUGGUAUGGCACAUCGAUCCUCACAAACACCUCCUCCAAGGCUAUCCUGACGGCUCUCCCGAAACCCGUCACCCUGACCGUUGUACAAUUCCUCCUGGUCUCCAUCUGGUGCGUCUUCUUCUCCGCGCUGGCGAAGCGAAAUACCACUGUACGAAACGCCCUCCCGGUUCUCAAAAACGGCAUUCGAAAACCGAGCAAGGACAUCAUCAUGGCCACACUCCCUCUCACAGCAUUCCAAAUCGGCGGCCACAUCCUCAACUCCGAUGCCAUGUCACGCAUCCCUGUAUCAUUAGUCCACACCAUCAAAGGCCUCUCUCCACUCAUGACCGUCGUGGCCUAUCGCCUAUUCUUCAACAUCAAAUACUCCGUCCCGACCUAUCUCUCACUGAUCCCGCUCACCAUCGGCGUCAUCAUGGCCUGCUCGACAAGUUUCAAGGGAAAUUUCAUCGGCCUGACGUACGCAUUCGGCAGCGCUAUUCUCUUCGUCACGCAGAACAUCGUCUCCAAAACCAUCUUCAACGACUCCGCAAAAGCCGAAGCCGACGGCAUUCCCAUGACCCGCCGCAAACCCGACAAACUCAACCUCCUAUGCUACUCCUCAAUGAUGGCCUUCCUCUUCACCGCGCCGGUGUGGCUAUGGUCGGAAGGCUUCUCCAUCGCCGCCGACUUCCUCCACGACGGCUCCAUCGACCUCCGCGAGCGGCCUGGAUCCCUCGAUCACGGGCGUCUCGCCGCCGAAUUUAUCUUCAACGGCACGUUCCACUUUGGGCAAAGCCUGGUCGCUUUCGUCCUCCUCGGAAUGGUCUCACCAGUAACUUACUCCGUCGCGAGUCUCAUCAAGCGUGUGGCAGUCAUCAUCUUUGCCAUCGUCUGGUUUGGCAGUCCGAUGACGAAGAUUCAAGGAUUUGGCUUCGUGCUGACGUUCAUCGGACUGUACCUCUACGACCGCACAUCCGACGCUGCGAAAGCCGACAAACGCGCGAGGGAGCAGGCGGAGAGUCAUCAACCUCUGCUACCGCUGAACACUGCGGAUUCGAAAAGGAGUGAUGGACCUGCGUUCUCCCAGUCGCCGAUGCAUGCGGAGAAUGGACUGGGACAUACCUUUGCGGGCAAGAGUGGGUACGCGAUAGGUGAUCAGAAUGGGACUGGACCAGGCAGGCCGGACGUGCCUUCACCGGGGAGUAAUGGCGUACCGAUAUCUCUGCCGCCCGGAACGAAGGCGCAGCAGACGUGGACUUCGGGAGAUGUCGCUAGACAGCAGAGUGCAAGUGUACGAUGA